UUCUCUAAUUUCUUCUAUUUAAAACUGGAAAAUUUGUAUGUAUUUUUUAGUUUUACGCACGCUCCAUUACGCAUUUCUGCAGCAGACCCAUGCAAUGCUUGCAGGUUAAACGAUUGGAUCAACGCUAGAAUAAGUCCAACGCAGGAGAGGACAAGCCAGACAAGGCCUCGGUUAUGAUCAUUGCAGUGCGCCAGCUGCCUCGAAAAUUCCAAGUGAGUCUGUCCGCGCCAGAGGAAAAAAGGGGAACACACACAAGGGCUUAACUUUAUUGGGUAUAUUUAGCUUAGACAGCUCUAGGUUGUAACCUUAAGAAAAACUCCCCAAUUGCCCGUGAUAAAAAGCGGGCGUUAUAAAGCAGCCAAACAACUCCACCGCGCUUUCCGCUGCAGAUUGGAGUCAGUGCGCAUCUUUGAAACUGUCCCAUAGGUGUUACAAAACGCACUGACCAUUUAAUCACAUGUUAGCACCUUUUGAUUAAAAGGUCGUUUCAGCUUUUAAAAACACAGAUUCCCCCCUAAAGACAGAAAAAAGUUUAAUUAUUAAACUUUUGUUUAAAGUAUUGCAAAUGCAAAUGACUUGUUUGUUUACGCACGUUUUAAAAUUCACAGCAAAAUGCAUGACUUAGUGUAUUCCCUCCACUUUGCUACCGUGAAAUAAAUUUAAAAAAAUAAAAACCACCUGCCAGAAAUCAUGUUUAUUGCUUAUAAAAGAAGAUAUUUGCCAAUAAAAGCGCGGGGAUUUGCUAUUAAAAUAUGGUGAGGAAAAUGGUGGCCAUUUAGCUGAGCAGCAAAGGCUGAUUUAUUAUUUAUUGUUCAGUCCCACGGUCACGUGUUUGGGGCGCCCUAUCCAGCAUUGGACAAGGUUCAGCUUACUGGGCGCAUGAGCAUGUAGGGUGCACAAAAAGCGGCACCUUACCAUGCAAUGAAUCCGUUUUUGCGCAAAAGUGAAAGGCUGUAAAACGCAUUUUGGAAGUUUCCAUUUGGAUUUAUUGAAAAAUAAAAUACAAUUUGGCAUUUUCUUUAUUUUUUGCAAUGUCGACGAUGGGGAGAAGCUAUUAUGUAGAUGCGCGGAUUCUUCCUGAGCAGGAAGACAUGGCACCGAGGUUCUCCUCAGCUUCAGGGGUGGAGCAGACCGAAUAUGGCGGACAGGAGUCGUGUCUUCUGCAAGCAAAAUCGUCGAUUUUUGCCGGAUCUUGGAGUGCCAUUUCAGCCCACCCUGGAAGCACAAUCACUCCGACCUAUUAUGCAAGUGGUGACAGUGAUGGCAUGUUUACGCGCUCGUGGGCUUUGGAUCCAGUCUCUGCGUCUCUGUGUCUGACGGGAUUACCCUCGACAGCCGUGCAUUAUGAGAUCAAGCCCGAGCCCGUCGUCGGGAGUGCAGAAUGCAUGACUUUGGAGACGCACACUCCUCUUCUGGUUGACAUUGAAAGCGGAGCGUCUUUUGUGGAUAUCCCGGAGACCUCCACCUCCUCCUCCAAAGCCCCAGAAGAGACCCAGACAGAAGGAGAAACCAAGAAGACAAGCCCUUUCCCAGACAACCCGUCGUCCAGCUGGCUGCAGGCGAAGCCCAGCAGGAAAAAACGCUGCCCAUACACAAAGCAUCAAAUCCUGGAGCUGGAAAAGGAGUUUCUCUUCAACAUGUACCUCCCGCGCGACCGCAGAUAUGAAGUGGCCAGACUUCUGAAUUUGACUGAGAGGCAGGUGAAGAUCUGGUUCCAGAACCGCAGAAUGAAGAUGAAGAAAGAAAACAAGGACCGUCGGAGAGACAGUUAGCGGUUAUAGAUCAGUGCGGGGGGGUGCAGGGGUACAGCGUGUUCCUUGUGUUGUGUUUUAUGGAGGAUUUAUUCCAUUUGUUUCAUGUUUGUGAGAUACCGCCUUUAACUGUACUGUGAGCACACGAUUAAGAAGAGGAAAUGUGUUUGCAUGAAAUGUUCUCCUUGAAUGUUUGUUGGCUACCUACAGUAUUUUCAGGUUCAUAUUUUUGCAGCAUUUGGCGUUUUAUAACAAAUAUGAUUUGUUCUGUGUGAAACACUUCAACAUACCUCAUUAUGAAGCAUUUGCGCACAUUCCGCAGUGUGACUUUUCCAUUAUUUGAUGAAAAAAAUGUAAAGAUAUAAAUAAAACAUCUCGACAUGUUUAAGCAAAACAUGUUUG